AUGGGCGCAAAGGGACGCAUGUAUGGCUCUGAUCACGCCAAGCUCAACAUUACACUACCGCCGCAGACCAUGUGGAUGAACAUGGGAUAUUGGAAGAACACUGAAGACUUUCCAAGCGCUUGUCGUGCCCUUCUUGAAGAAGUACUGAAGACAGCACAACUCAUGAACAACGACAGCGUGUCAAACUCCCAAAGCACAUUCAGCGUCGUUGAUCUCGGAUUUGGAUGCGGCGAUCAAACUCUUUACUUUGAAGAUGUCCUUCGUAUGCAGAAGGAUAACGGAGACAGCGCGCAGUUCAGCCGAAGGCUGAAUGCAUAUGUAGGCAUCACGCUAGACGCGCAGCAAUUCCGCAUUGCCCAAAGCAGGUUACGAUCCGAUUCUUAUGUAAAGAUUCACUGCGGCGACGCAUCCAAAGUUGACGCUUGGAGCGAAGAAUUGAGGGAAGAUCUUAGGUCAGCUUGUCAAACGAACAGGAAGGAAGGGCACGAGAACUGGCUACUCGCACUCGACACACUGUAUCACUUCAAACCUGCCAAGUGGCCCGUUAUAGAAUAUGCAAAGAGGGAUCUGGACGCUUCUUUCAUGGCCUACGAUCUAUGCAUUGCGGACAACUUAUCGCUCUGGCAUCGCCUCAUCAUUCGCUUCAUGGCUUUUCUGGGUCACAGCCCGUUCAUCAAUUGGGUGACUGUCGAAGAAUACAGGGAAAGGCUCGUGGAAAUUGGAUACGCCCGUGAGAAAAUCGAGAUUCGAGACAUCUCAGAGCACGUCUUUCGCCCACUGGCCCGCUUCAUGAGACGUAGGGAAAGCGCAUUAGAAUUCUAUGGAAUAUCAAUCGGCCGGUUCCGGCAUGGCAUCGCCAUGUUUGAUUGGUGGGGGAGAAGCCAGUUUGUCAAAGGCUGUAUUAUCGUUGCCAGAAAAUAA